GCCAGAACCAGUACUGUGGACAAAGGAUGGUGGAGAGCUACCAGAUCCAGAGAGAAUGGUUGUCAAUGGCAGGGGGCUAAGCAUCAGUUUCCUAAACAAAACAGACAAUGGGACAUACAGAUGUGAAGCAAAAAAUCCUAUUGGUCGAAACAGCACAGAAUAUGUUCUAAUAGUACAUGAUGUUUUCAACACUUUGCUUCCCACUACUGUCAUCCCCUCCCUUACCACUGCAACAGUCACAACCACUGUAGCCUUAACAGCCAGCACAACCACAUCGGCCACAGCCAUCAGCACCAGAGAUCCAAAUGCUUUGGCUGGACAGACGGGACCUGACCAUGCUCUUAUAGGAGGAAUAGUGGCUGUAGUUGUCUUUGUAACACUAUGUUCUAUAAUUCUCCUUGGUCGAUACCUGGCAAGACAUAAAGGAACAUAUUUAACAAAUGAAGCAAAAGGAGCGGAAGAUGCACCUGAUGCCGACACAGCCAUUAUUAAUGCAGAAGGCAGCCAAGUCAAUGCAGAGGAGAAAAAAGAGUAUUUCAUUUGAUGCAGAGCUAGAAUUUUGGAGUUUUACUUAUCAGGCUGACUGCUGGAGAAAACUGGCUAUCAUUUCUCAGAAUUCAUUUCUGCCAUCUUCUGCUAUCUUUAUUAAUUCACAUACCUGCUAUAAGUAGCCAGUUUAUGCCAACAAUCAGCUGUUGACAUCAUCAUUCUAUAAUUACAGUAUCAUGCGUAAAGCAGGACAUUUCUUAUUGCCUAAAAAUCAUAUCCACUGCUCUCUUAACAUACAGUGCUUGAAUAUACAGCCUUAACAAUGUUAAUCAUCAUCUUAAUCCAAGUUUUCUACAUUUUUAAAUGUUGUGCAGCUUUCUUUUUCAGUUUUUUUGUUUUAUCAUGUCCCUACUAGUAUGUCAUAGACCAAAAUUCGUAACAAAUACUAUUAGGUAAAGUUCUAAUUUACUUACAGAAAAUGUUACGUCUAAGGCUAGAGGUUUACAAAGAAUGUUUUAUACAUGUCUAUCUAUAAUGCAAAAAGCAACUUGUUUUUGAAACACAUGCCCUUGGAAACACAAAUCUGUUUAGAAUAGUUUCCUGUAUGCUUGGAUUUGGAUCAGUCCACUUAAUUUUUUUGGUUUUGUUUUGCUUUGCUUUGUUGUGUUUUAAAUGGUACCUUGACUACAGUGCCAUGUUUCUGUGGUGAAAACAUGCUGAAUAGCUAUACAGAUUCUGCAAAGUUAGCUAAUAGUGCUUCAUUUGAAACAAAUUUGUUGUGCCCUUUUACUGGAUUUUGGGGUUGCAAAGAUUAGAAAACAUUCUGAGUAAUUUCUGGUUUUAUAAUUUAUUUGCUUCACAUGAAGUCAUCUGUCUACUCAAAUCUGAAGUGUUCGUAGGGCACAACUGCAAGUCAUUUUAGUAUAUGUAUAUAGUGCAUAUAAUAAAUUCAAUUAAACAUUAUUUGAUACAUCUUCAACUUUUUUGGCAGUAGCUAAGUCAGUCACAAGUAAGCAUUUUCUAAUGUCCAUUAUAUCCUUUUAGAUAUGAUUCAAAUCAAUAUUCUGAAUAGAUAACAUGUAUUGGUAUUUUUUGUCUGUAUGUCCUAGCACUGUUCAGCAGCAAACUUUUCUAGUUCUUGUUAAUUUUUUCUUUGUUAUACAAUGGAAGCACAAUGUUAUAUGGAAAGGUAGUUUUAAGCUAACAACCAGUGCACAGCCUCAGGUUUUAAAUUACAACCACAUUUGAUUACUAUCCUUAAAAUAUACUAUUGAGUUGCUAAACUUCUCAAUUUUUAAUUUGGCAGUUCUAGAGCUGCUUCUCUCUGUUGGUUUGCCAAAAAAA